AUGGUGACAGCGCGCUUGCAUAAAGAAUUCUUGGAUGUUCACUUGCGAGCCGUUCUGCCCAGACUGCCCAAUCUGCUGGCCCCUGGCAUUCGGGACAGUGGCAAGUCAGUUUGCAACAACGCCAUCUGGGCUACAAUUGAGUCCGACCGCCUCUUGUCGGCUGCGGGCCUCCCAUCCCAAGAGCUGCUGAUCCUGGGCCAGGCGCUCCAGGAUGCCAUGAGCUCCAAGUCGAAUCGCCACGAGCAGCAGGGGCGUAUGGCUUGCACAGCUUGGGCAUUCCUUGCGGGCCGACUCCCAGAGGUGGCCCAGAAUCUCGAAGUGGUGCUCCAACCCUGGCUGCAGGCCAUGAGGUUGGGAAGUGACGAGCAGGAUUCGAAGGCCUGGAAAGGCCUGUGCGCUGCCGCGGAGUCUCAGCCCGAGGUCUUGGUGAGACAUCUGGACAUUCUGAAGAACACCAUUGCCAGCUUGAGGGGCCUAAGGGCCAGCUGCUCAGGUUGGGUCUUGAGCAUCUCCUUUGCUGCUUUCUACGGUGAAACCCCUCAGAACAGUGCGGCCUCUUUAAUUGAAGUAUACCUAUAA